UCCACUGCGCAAGUAAGGAAACGCCCAAGUUUCCGGCGUGGAUCUAGGCGAGCGCGGUUAGCAGUUGGUCUGAGUUUCUGCCUAGGAGGGCUUUUUGAUUUACAAGGUUGGGUUCGUGCCUGUACAGCAAUCCCUGUUAAUCCCCAGAACUUCGUGUGUGGAAGGGGAAGUGCCUCCAGUUGACAACUGAGGAAGAGGCACAACAACUACGCAGAAAAGAUGGGAGAGGAGGCCAAUGAUGACAAGAAGCCAACAACUAAAUUUGAACUCGAGCGAGAAACAGAACUUCGCUUUGAGGUGGAGGCAUCUCAGUCAGUUCAGCUGGAGCUGCUGACUGGCAUGGCAGAAAUCUUUGGCACAGAGCUGACCCGAAACAAGAAAUUCACCUUUGAUGCUGGUGCCAAGGUGGCUGUUUUCACUUGGCAUGGCUGUUCGCUACAGCUCAGUGGUCGCACCGAGGUGGCUUAUGUCUCCAAAGACACCCCUAUGUUGCUUUAUCUCAACACUCACACUGCCUUGGAGCAGAUGCGGAGGCAGGCAGAGAAGGAAGAAGAGCGAGGUCCCCGGGUGAUGGUAGUGGGCCCCACUGAUGUGGGCAAGUCCACAGUGUGCCGUCUACUGCUCAACUAUGCAGUGCGCUUGGGCCGCCGUCCCACUUACGUGGAGCUGGAUGUGGGCCAGGGCUCUGUGUCCAUCCCUGGUACCAUGGGGGCCCUCUACAUUGAACGGCCAGCGGAUGUUGAAGAGGGGUUCUCCAUCCAGGCUCCUUUGGUGUAUCAUUUUGGCUCCACCACUCCUGGAACCAACAUCAAGCUUUAUAAUAAGAUUACAUCUCGCUUAGCAGAUGUGUUCAACCAAAGAUGUGAAGUGAACCGAAGGGCCUCUGUGAGUGGCUGUGUCAUUAACACCUGUGGCUGGGUCAAGGGCUCUGGUUACCAGGCCCUGGUGCAUGCAGCCUCAGCUUUUGAGGUGGAUGUCGUUGUGGUCCUGGAUCAAGAACGACUGUACAAUGAGCUGAAACGAGACCUGCCUCACUUCGUACGCACUGUGCUGCUCCCUAAAUCAGGGGGUGUGGUUGAGCGCUCCAAGGACUUCCGGCGGGAAUGUAGGGAUGAACGAAUCCGUGAGUAUUUCUACGGAUUCCGGGGCUGUUUCUAUCCCCACGCCUUUAACGUCAAAUUUUCAGAUGUGAAAAUCUACAAAGUCGGGGCACCCACCAUCCCAGACUCCUGUUUGCCCUUGGGCAUGUCUCAGGAGGACAAUCAGCUCAAGCUGGUCCCUGUCACUCCUGGCCGAGAUAUGGUGCACCACCUCCUGAGUGUUAGCACUGCCGAGGGCACAGAGGAGAACCUUUCUGAGACCAGUGUGGCUGGCUUCAUCGUGGUGACCAGCGUGGACCUGGAACAUCAAGUGUUUACUGUGCUCUCCCCAGCCCCCCGCCCCCUGCCUAAGAACUUCCUUCUCAUCAUGGAUAUCCGGUUCAUGGAUCUUAAGUAGAGAUCAGCAGGAAGCCUUGCUGCUUGGGGGCGUAGAGAUCUCCUGGCCAUCACAAAGGCAGAUGGGUGAAGUGUGGGAAUCUCUUGAGACCAGGCUGACCAGUAAGUCAUGGACUAGUAGAAAGCAUAUAUUCUACCUCUUAAAACAGGUGGUAAUAACCUAACCCUUUUGAUCUUGAACCAAAAGGAAAACUGUAAGAAUAUAAUUGGUUUCUUAGAUUACCUAAGGUGUCACUUUGAAUUCUUUGAGUUCCAGAAAAAUCCCAUUUCAUUCAUUGUGCUACUAUGUGGACUAAUUCUGAGGAGGGAUUUUUUUUUUAAUAUUACUGCUUUAUAUUCUGUAUAUAGUACUUGUUAUCUCGUUUAUUCAGGGUGAAAGAGUGAAUUUGAAGGACUCCUUCAAAUAAAGUUCAUAUUCGGGAAAAACUAUUUUAAUAAAUAUUUUUGCCAUAUCACAGAA